CGUCAUAGACAUGCGUCGCGCUCCUGCAUCAGUGCUGAAGAAAGGUGAUUUAAGGCCAUGAACUCUCACUCUGACUGACUACCUUAUGGGUGCCUUACUACCUUACUGACUACUGAACAAGGGAGUUAAUCUUGUAUUAUUAAAUAUACAAUAUAUGUCUAAGUGUUACAUUUAGUCAUUUAGCAGACAUUUUUUAUCCAAAGCAACUUACAGAUGAGGACAAUGGCAAUCAGCAAUCAAAGUCAACAAAAGAGCAAUGAUAUAUGCAAGUGCUAUGAAGUCUACCUAAUGCAGUACAUGUAGCAAGAUGUUUUUUUUUUAAUGUUAAUUAUAUAAUAAAUAAAAAGAAAACAGAUUUAAUAGAAAAAGAAUAGAUCAAGCUAGUGUUAGGAGCAUUUUUGUUAAUUAUAUAAUAAAAAAAAAAAUACAAGAAUAGAGAAGCUAAUGUUAGUGUUUUAUUUAUUUAUUUUUUUUGAGGAAAAUAAGUUCAAACUAAAAAAAUUGGCAUUUAUUGAUAAAAGAUGGCAUUUAUUAAAGAGGAGAGUGAACAAAUGAGGAUUGAAGGAGCAUUCAGAGUCAAACAUGAAGAUACUGAGGAACAGACAGAGAAAGUGGUACUGAUUGUCGGCCACAGCUAUAUCAAGUGGGCUGAAAGGAGAGCUGAGGUCGCGUGGGAGCCAAACCUGGGUCUCCACAACACCAGCGUUCAAUGGAUUGGGAAGGAAGGAAUGAGAUGGAGCCAGCUUCUGGAUGUCGUCCUCUCAACAGGAGUAAGACCAGAUGUCCUGGUGAUUCAUGCUGGGGGAAACGACCUAGGCCUACUGCGGAGUGUGGAUCUUCUGAGCUCCAUGAAGGAGGACAUUUCUGCAAUUCAGAAAAUUACCAAAGCCACAGUGAUUUUCUCUGGCAUCACUGAGAGGUGCGUGUGGCAGUGGGGAGAAGGCCCGAAGAUGAACAAAGCCAGGAAAUUUAUCAACAGUGCCAUGGCAAAAUACAUGGCUGACACUGGUGGAGUGUUUAUAGACAAUAAAGAGAUAACACAGAAGAGAGGUGAACUAUUUAGGCAGGAUGGCAUUCACUUGUCAGACAAGGGAAAUGACAUUUAUUUGAAAAACCUUGCAAGUGCUAUUAGUAAAUAAAUAAAAAUACUAUAUACCUACAAAACACGUUUGUCAUUCUCAGUAAGGUUGCAUAUAUACUUCAAUAAAUGUGCGUUCAUUUAAAUAAAUAUUGCAGAUUUGCCUCAUCACAAAAGUUUGUGAACAGUGACCAUAGUGUGAGUGUGACUCUAUUGGAUGUACAAUCAAAGCUGGCUGCUGAUUGGCUGUAAUAUCGACUGCCUGGAGCAGAUGCUGAGGAAACGUUCCGCUAUUCUCUUGCUGUGAGUACAAGUGGGUUGAAGAUGUUGAUGAAUUUGGAACCACAUAUCUGCAUACUACUCUUACUAUUUUUAGCCUGUCUUUGUAUGGCAGAAAUAGUACAAGUAGUAUAAUAGUAUGUAGCUGCAAAUUCUACAUGAUUGAUAUGAGCAGCGAAUGAUAUACCUUAGUUAUAAGAGCAAUCGAGGUAGUGAAAACAAUAUUGGAAGUGACAAUAUUGGAAGACACUAAUGCUCAUUAGAUCACAUAAAUCAGUGGAGAAUUAAUAGAAAUGAUUAGAAUGUCUAAAGAAAUAUGAAUUAAACAUGUAAAUAUAUUAGG